CAAUGGGUUGUCGCAAACAAUGCAGCGCGAACACGUCCGAGCAAAUCAGUCCGAGCCCAGUUCUACGCUGCUUGGCAGGAGGUUAUCUAUUUUUGUUCAGAGUGCUUUCAUGAGAUCUAAACAUGCGAAGAUUAAAUUGGAACAAAACGUCAUCGGUGUGUUUAUUGCUGUUGGGGUUUUAAACAUCGCGUUCAUGUGGUCGUGGGGUAUACCGAUGGUCAAUUGUUUGCAAUUGAUGACGAUGUCGGCGUUUCUGUUGAUCUUGUUUUGUUUCCUCGGAAGUGAGAGCGCGACGGUGGUGCGGAGUGAGCCGGUGGCCAUCAAUGAAAGGCCCAUCAUAGGCGUUCUCUCACAAGAACAAGCGUAUCAUCUCACAAGCCUAUACGCCAAGGAAAACUUUACAAGUUACAUAGCAGCUUCAUACGUCAAAGAUAUAGAAGCUUCCGGAGCGAGGGUCGUGCCUAUUCUGAUAGGUAAAAAUAGGGAAUAUUACAAAGAACUCCUUGAAAAAAUUAAUGGAGUACUCUUUCCUGGUGGUGGGACCUACUUCAACCAGUCAAACGGCUACGCUGACGCGGGCCAGCACAUCUACGAGCUGGCGAUGGAGAUGAACGAUGCUGGAGACUACUUCCCCGUAUUCGGCACGUGCCUCGGCUUCGAGUUGCUCGUCAUACUGGCCUCGGGCCGCGGCGAGAUUGAGAAUAGAGUGACCUGUAAAGCGUACUGCAACUCCGCUCUAAACUUCACAAGCGAUUUCCGCAGCAGUAAGAUGUUCAAAGAAAUAGACAAUGACUUGGUGAGAAUGUUUGAGCAUGAACAUUAUACUGCCAACGCUCACAAAUUCUGCAUUGUUGAUGAGAAUAUGGAAAGGCACAAUUUGAGUGUGGACUGGAGAGUGACUUCGUACUCUGAAGACGAAAACCAGCUGCGGUAUAUUUCAAGCAUAGAGCACAAAAGAUAUCCUUUCUACGGAGUGCAGUUUCAUCCAGAGAAGGCUUCGUUUGAAUGGAAAAAGUCCCGCAAGUACCCCCAUUCAAUCAACGCAAUAAAAGUGAACAGAUAUUUCAUGGACUUCUUCGUAGAAGAAUGCAGGAAGAGCAUCCACUCUUUCAAGAACGAAGAAGAAGAAAACAGUUAUUUAAUCUACAACUAUGCUCCUUAUUUCACUGGAAAAAACGGCAGUAUGUACAAUCAAUGCUACUUUUUUGAGCCUAAAGGCACGAAUGUAGAGUGAUGUCAACAUUAUGUAGUGAAAAUAAGUAUUACUUAGAUAGCUUCAUUAUAAUUUUUGAACAGUCACAUUAAAUGAAAUAUAUUUUAAAUUAUA